UGUCACAGGGGACUCACGUGGACGAGGCGCUCUUAAAACCUAGCUCCUGACUUUUCCUCAAGUUCAAUUUUUUGGGAUUCCCUCCCACCCCUAUCACAUCUCGUCCGUUUACUUGCCAGUUGUGACUAUUUAACCCACUUUACCUCUCCUUUUGUCGAUUCUGCGGCGCGCAUCGCUUCGUCUUCCUUUUCUUCCUGUGCUGUUCCUGCUCCAGCCCUCGGACUCCUCUCUCGCUCCGAUUCGUUUUUUUUGAAAGGUUUUGUUAUCCUAAAAGGAAUGCGAAGAGUUUUCCAUCUGUCGUUGGUGUGGCCACAUGACGAGCUGCCCUGAACAUUUCCCCUCCGGUCCUCUCUCAGGUCUGACGCGCCUGGACCUGUCCAUGGUGCUGAACCGCGUUCUCUCCGAAGACACCGGUGCGCUGCUGCUCCCUCAUUCCCAGACAGAGUCGUUCUUUCCGCAUCUUUUCGAUUCUUGCAGGUGAGAUAAUUGCAGCAAUAACUGGUUCAUCUUCCCUGUGAGGCUUCUGGACUCAAACAGAAGGAGUUGGGCCAAAAGGAAGCAACAAGACUCGACUGUGACUCUGCCAACAGAGACUACAGCGGCUGCAUCGAUUUCAGGAGGGCUCAUUUUUCUAGACUUGACAAAAAGACAAGCAAGAGAAUCGGAUGCUGGAGAUAUUCGCUCUUUAGGGUACCAGUUGGGAAACUGGAGAUAGUGGAGGAAUAAUCUUCAUUUAGCGUAUCCAUACACAUUCUUUUCUUGGUGCGGGGAGGGGGGUUCUUUCUUCUCUGCUGGAUCAACUUAGACUUAAACAACCCCCCUCCCAUCCCUCCCUAAAAUAAAACUUGUCCUGAAUACCAAAUGGUAGUUUGAGGAGGCCUCGAUCAAGACAAUGGAGUCGUCCGCAAACGGGUCCAAUUUUGGCAUCGACUCGCUGCUGUCCCACAGGCCUGGAAGUCCGCUUUCCAAAGGGGACAGCCUGGUGGGGGAGUGCCGCUCGCCUCUGGAGUUCAGCCCGAGAUCAGAUGUGGAGAGCGGCUGCUCGUCGCCUCCAUCGCCGCGGAGGGAGUGCGCAGACGAGGUGGCCCAGAGGCAGGGUCACGGCGGCGGCGUCGGCGGCCUGCCGCAGCACCUCCAGCACGCGCAGAUAUCUGCGGGCUCGCAGCAGAGGACCGUGACCUCCUCGUUCCUCAUCAGAGAUAUUCUCGCGGACUGUAAGCCUCUGGCCGCGUGCGCGCCAUACUCCAGCAACGGCCAGCCGACCCAGGAGGCGGGGAGGCUGGCCUCCAAGAUAGCGGAAGACUUUCUGGAGAAAAUCCACAGCAACUCGUCGUCAGACAGUGAAUAUAAAGUGAAAGAGGAGGGGGACAGGGAGAUCUCCAGCAGCAGAGACAGUCCGCAGGUCCGGCUCAAGAAGCCCCGGAAGGCCCGGACGGCCUUCACCGACCACCAGCUGGCCCAGCUGGAGCGCAGCUUCGAGAGGCAGAAGUACCUGAGCGUCCAGGACCGCAUGGAGCUGGCGGCCUCCCUCAACCUCACCGACACACAGGUCAAGACCUGGUACCAGAACCGCAGGACGAAGUGGAAGAGACAGACGGCGGUGGGACUCGAGCUGCUGGCGGAGGCUGGAAACUACUCGGCCCUGCAGAGGAUGUUCCCAUCCCCGUACUUCUACCCGCAGAGCCUGGUGUCCAACCUGGACCCCGGAGCGGCCCUCUACCUGUACAGGGGCCCCUCGGCGCCCCCGCCGGGCCUACAGAGACCUCUGGUCCCGCGGAUCCUGCUGCACGGCCUGCAGGGGGGCAGCGAGCCGCCUCCGCCUCUGCCCCCCAUGUCCGGCGUGCUUCCCCGGCCGGCCCAGCAGCGGUGAGCCGGCUGCUGCAGAUUCUUGUCUUUUCUUUUUUUUUUUGUACGGCGAUGGCAGCUUGGGACUCAAAGGCAGAAAUAAAACCGAGACAGAAAACAAAAAGACGUGACGAACCAGAAAAGAAGAAGAAAAAGAAGAAAAAGAAGUGUUCGAGGCCUUUUAAGGUGCGAACAUGCCGAUCCGGGCCGAGCCCUGUGGACCGAGCUUCGGGACUCAAACUGUCGGUGUGGAAGGAUGUGUUUUGGACAUGAGAUUUUAUUUAUGACUAAUUUAUUUUUCAAUAUGAAUCUAAGUUAUGUAUUUAUUUGAUACAAGUUGCAGUAUUUUCAGUUUUUUUCCCCAUCAACAGAUGACCUACAGUUCAAUGCCAAUUAGACCCUCUAUUAUUAUCAUUAUUAUUAUUAUUAUUAUUAUUAUUAUUGUUUAGGCCUUCAUGGAUAGUGGCAGAGGCAGAACCUCCUUCCAUGUAAUAUGAAUAUGAUGUAAUUAGAGGAGCCAAAGGAACAAUGAAGCCUAACUCUGUCGGUGAUUUUUCUUUACACGCGAAGAACAAGAUGAUCAGCAGUCAUAAACCUGUAAAUAAGAAUAUUUUGCAUUUUAUUGAAAAGAGACUGAUUUUAAAGAAACUUUUUUUUCCUGUUGGUUUGAUCCAUUAGUGCGUCUUUUUCAGACCACGGUGGUCCAGUUCGACCUAAUGGGCUAGAUUAGCCAUCAGAAACUAUACAAGCGAACGAGUCAGAAUAAAAAAAUAAAACAGAAAAAGCAUAGCCACAUUAAAAAAAGGCACACGCACGAGAGCUACGGAAAGAAAUAAUCUAUAUAAAGUCUUUUUCUUGUUCUUAGUUGAAGUUUUAGCGAAGUGAAAAUGUCAAGUAAUUUAUA